UCCUCCUUCGUCUUCAUCCUCUUCUUCUUCUUCUUCUCUACACUCUCUACUCUCUCAUAUCUCCAUUGCUAAUUCUAAAACCCUAAUUCUUCCAUUUCUCCAUUUCCCUUUCUUUUCAACUCAUCACACCUAUGUUUCCCCCUUUCUCCAUCCUCUUCCUCUGGUUCUCUUUCCUAUAUUUCACUUCUUCAAUGGCGGAUCCUCAUUCUCUUAACUCCUACUACUCACGCUCCAACUCAUUUUACGAUGUUCUAUUGUCUCAUGGUCUCCCUAAGGGCUUACUUCCUAAGGGUAUCACCGAUUACCAAAUCGAUGCCGAUACUGGAAGAUUUGUCGUGUUUUUGGAUCGGGAAUGUAAUGCCAUGUUCGAGAAUCAACUGCAUUACGAGACUAAUGUUUCUGGGACUUUGAGUUAUGGUAAGAUCGGUGCCUUAUCUGGGAUUUCAGCGCAGGAUCUCUUCUUGUGGUUUCCUGUUAAAGGGAUUCGUGUUGACGUUCCUAGCUCUGGCGUUAUUUAUUUCGAUGUUGGUGUUGUUUUCAAGCAAUUCUCUCAAUCUCUCUUCGAAACCCCACCUGUUUGUGUCCCUAAUUCCAAGAGUCAACACAGGAAGAUUGGUAAUGGGAAUCAAUUUGUGAAAAUGGCUUGAAAUGGCCAUUGAAACAAUAGGUGGGGAAAAAAAGAAAAAAAAGAAAAAAAAAAAAAAAAGGCUCAAAGGGGGAGGAAUCUCUAUUGGGUGGUAAUGAAUCUUCAUUGUAUAUGUCAUCAAAGCAUAUAUUAUUUAGCAUCUGCUAUAUGGUUCUUUACUCUAUGUGUGCUUGAAAUUUCUUAUCAUCAUCAAUGGGAGCAGAGUCCGAAUCUGGGAAUUUGUUGAGCAACUUCUGGGUUUGUGUGAGGAAAAGAAAUAUGAAGGGGAAGAAGUAGAAGAAGAAGAAGAGUUUGGUUUCAUUCAGAGAUUUUUUUUUUUGUUAGUGAUGGAGAAGAUUUGCAGAAAGGUAGGUGGAGUUUUCAGGUGAAAAAUCUACACAUUUCUAUUCAAUAAUCUUCAGAAAUUUUUGGUGUAUUGUGAAUAUCAUCAUUAUCAUUAUUACUAUAAUUAUUAUUGUUGUUAUUAUUAUUACAGUAGCCAUAAUUAUUUUGUUCUUUUUUGUCUUGAACCCAAAUUCUCUGCAAUAAACAUGUCAACAAUAGUGUUCUCUUUGUUUUA